GGCUAGCCGGGCGAAAGGAGGCGGGGCUGUGCCGUGGUUGUUUUUGCCUCGCUGCUGCUGCUCUUUCGCUGGGGGAAAGUGGCCGCCAUUUUGUGCGCGAGGCCGUCUGUGUGAGGAGGAGAGCGGAGCGGAGGAGCGGGCCAGGCUGCGCCUAGAGAGCUGGGACUUCUAUUCUUGAAGCCUGUGUGCCAAGAAUCCGAUGUUGGGCUCGGCUUCGUGGCUGAAAACAGCAAAUCAGCCCAUGAGAACUACCAUUCCAAGCCAAAGGAAGGGGUCCAAAAGGAGUCAACAUCUGUUCUUUCAGGUCUGGCAGCAGGAAAGGGAACAGGAAGUGGAGACUGUGGAAUCUGAAAAGAAAACUGAAAGGUGACACUUAAGUUGAAGAUGGGGGGUGGAGAAAGAUUCAACAUUCCAUCUACCCAGCCCAGAAAUACUUCUAAGAACCACCAGCAAUUGAACAACAGGAAAAAAGGCAAAGACCAGAACUCCCAGAUUAAAAAAAUGCACAAGAAGGAGAGAGGGCAUGGAUGCAGCCCAUCAUCUGUCGCGUGGCAAGCCAUGCAGAAUGGGGGGAAGAGCACAAUGCACUUCCCAACUAACCAGACUUGGAAUCCAACCUUACCCAACUCGCUUUUCAUGUCUCAAGCCAACCAACACUAUGCUGGAGCAAAAUUCAGUGAGCCACCAUCCCCAAGUGUUCUUCCUAAGCCGCCAAGCCACUGGGUGACCGUUUCGCUUAACCCUGCUGAUAAAGAAAUCAUGACUUUUCAACUGAAGACUUUGCUUAAAGUCCAGGCUUGAGGUGCAACUCAACAUCAGGAAAAUGGCACUUCAAUUUUAAGAGUUUCCAAUUCUGCAGUGUAGGUCCGUGCUGGGUUCUAAAUUGGAAAAAAAGGUACAACUUGUAGGAUUGAGUUAGUUGUGCUUUCAAAUUUGGUUGGAUUUUGAAUGAUGGAGGAGGGACCGUCUUGAAAAUAACACCAUUACUCUUGGAGGGGGUUCAGUGCACUCAAUCCAUGUAUGUGUGUUACUGAUACACUGUUAUAAUCAAUAGUAGCCUGAACCAGUUCCUGGCCACGGUCCGUGGUGCUUAAGCAGACCAUUUAAUUUCAAUUGCGUGCACUUUUGGAACUGUGCUUGAUAGAGCAUGCUUUUUUCAGGGAAAACGAAAUGCCAGCUGACCAAAUUUUCAGCAGUUGCUAAUGCAACACAAUUGCAAAAUAGAAUUGAUUCACCCAUGUGCUGUGAAAUACUGGAGUAAAGUUAGCAGCUUUCUGACUAACACUCAAACACACACAACUAAAAUUGUUUUAAAGCGAGCCACUUAGAAGAUGUAUGUUCUGACUUUCUAAAGUUACAUGUGAAAUUCUUAUCCAUCCUUUGAACUGGUGGUUUGGGUGGGCAGGCAGGCAUCCAAUGCCUUGUGACCAAAAUGUAAAUGCUUCCAUUAGAGAAUUCAUUCUGUACAGCACUUCGAUAAAAAUGGAAACAUGGGCAUGUAAUUGACCUGUAGCUUUUUAGGCAAGCCUAGAAACUAUUGCAUUGAACACAAAGCAGCUAUAAAUGUGCCAACUCAAAGCAUUUUUGCAUUGCCAGGUGACUGCCAAAAAGCUUUAGUGUUCUGCCUCACAGUGGAUUUCCCUGAGCUGUGUUUGAAACACAUUCUGUAUGUUUUGUAUUUUUUUUUUCUGAAAUAGUGCAGUUGAGGCCAGUCUGAAAUUGGAUAACCUGUCAUGAACUUGUUUAAAUGAGUUUAAGCAGGUGUAAAACAUCCUUUAUGUAGGGAAGAAAGAGCCAUGUAAAUAAAUGUAAAACUUUGUAGCAUAUGUAAAUUUAUGCUGGGCUUUCCUGCCAGAAUAAAGUAUUUUUAGUACAAAACUGCUGAAUGUAAAAUGACCAUGCUGAGCACAUGGCAUGACUUUAAAAAAAAUCUUUAAAAAAACACAAACCUUUAAAAAGCACAUGUCUGUGCCAUUGCACUUGAGUAUCAGUGAGGGUUUUUACCCAUGAAUGAAUGGCUUUCUAAUUUUUAAAGUUGAUACAAAGAAGCUCUGAUUUUAAAUGUAAAAAAAAGUUGAGGGUGCAACCCCCUUUCUACUGAAUGCAAUAGCAGAACUCCCAUUAAUUUUAAUGGAGUCAAAUGAUAUUUUAAGGCUGCAGUCCUAGGCAUACUUACUUGAAAGCAAGCCUCACAGACGGAAUAUGUUGUGGUGUAAGGCUUCAGUGCACUGCACAGCUAAGCAUUCAAGUCUUCUUUUUUUUUUAAAAUUGCACUGGGCCUGAAGCCUGAAACUGUGCUGGAUUGUUGCUUCUGCUUUGAAUGUAUAAAGUAACUUCAGCAGAGACAAACCAUUUCUACUGCUGUGGAUAAUAGUUUCUAAUGCUGUAUCUCUCCUGUAAAAUGUGAUGCUGUCAGUACAUCAUCAUGUAUCAGUGAAACUUGUUUUUGAUUCCUGCUAAUCAUUUGGAUUGGAAACUGUUCAUUUGAACCUACUUGACUUCCCAGCAAUGUUGUAUGAGAUCACGUCUUUAGAGAACCACUUCAUGCCACAACAUUGGAAACUAUUUCUCAGCGUAGUCAUCCUUCCAAACUGCAACACAAUUUACUUCCAUACAAUUUUAAAUCUUGUAUGGGGUACCUUCCUAAAAAAUUCUUCUGUGGUGAUUGGGAUUAAAAACCUUUCCCAACAGUAGUUAACAGCAAAAAGAAAUACAUUCAGUUGCCUAUGAAAAUCAACUGCAGUCUCAGGGGAGCCUGGCAGUACAUCAGAGCACAUUGUAUUUUAUACAUUCAAAAUGUUUUAGCAACUAUCGAGAGAACUUGCAAUUUUCCCAAAUGAGAUAGAUUGGAUAUUUUGCUAAAGUAUAUUAUGUCUUGUGUCCCAAACUUGCCCUUUUCAAGUCAUUGUUGUAUCCCAAAUGUAAUUUUGAUCUUCUAAAUUCCAUACUUGAAGUACUACUUUGAUAUGAAUUAGAAACUAAAUUUGAAUAAAAAAUCCUUACCUUUCUCCCCCA